AUGAAAAAGUUAAUCAAAUCUGGCCAUCUCAGGCCCUUGACUCCAACCCCUCUUCCUCAAAAUCCUCCUUCUAGCCAUAACCCCAACACUUUCUGCGCCUACCACCAAAUGCGUGGCCAUCUCACCAAUUCUUGCUAUCGCCUUCGUCAUGUGAUUCAAGACUUGAUCGAUGAUGGCACUGUUCAAACCCCACCUCCAUCAAAACCAAAUGUCAUCUUCAAUUCUAUGCCUAAACACAACUUUAACCUUCAUAUCAGCUACUUAGACCAAAGUGAUGUUGAUGAGCAGUAUUGGAGUUACUAUCAGGAAGGGGAGUCUGUUCCCGAUGUGCAUUGCCCACUUAAAGCUAUGCUCCCUCUAGUAAACUCAAUCUCAAACGCAGUCGAUGACCGCAUCCGCGAGUUCAACCCUUCUCUAAAUAUCGUCUCUGUGGAUCAGCCAUGUCCUAUUGUUACCGCUCCCGGUGAUGACUGUAGCAUCAUGGUUUUACAAGGUGCACCUCCUGAUGACCUUUGGGAGGUUGAUGAGAUUGUUGACGUUGGUAGGGCCUCACCACUUGCCAACCUUUGGGAUGUCGAUACGGUCACAAACGUUACUGUCGGAGAUGAGGUCUGGACUGUUAACUCAGCUUUGGUGGAUGGAGGUCUCUGGGAUGUUUCGUUUGUUACCAACCCGGGAAUACCUUUCGAGGAUGCUGCUGCUCAAGACCCUGCUUUUUGCGAGGGAUUGGCUAUGGAGGAUUUGGCAACGGAUUUAGCUCUAGGGCAAGAUGCGUCACCAACGGUAGCUUUAGUCAACAAGGGAAAGCACAAAUUGAGGGAAGUCCUCGCGGACCUUUGGGACAGCGUUGCAGAUAUCAAAGGCGUACCUUCUCUUUGGGAUGUCGCCAAUGUGCCUUCCGACAUUACUCCUGAGGCCAUGAUCGCCCUCAUACUACCACUCAUAUCAAAGCACUCUAUCACUUUCACUGAAAGAGACCUCCCUGUCGAUGGAGUUGCUCACAACCGCCUGUUGCACAUAACAGUCAAGUGUAUAGGACAUUGGGUGCCAAUUGAACUCAUCAAUAACGAUUCCGCAAUCAAUGUUUGCCCUUUGAGGGUCGCUUACCGCCUGGGUCUCACUAAAAAGGAUCUCACGUCGUCUAACUUGGCAAUCAAGGCCUACGAUAGCACACGUCGUGUGGUACAAGGAACACUAAUGCUCGAGCUCGACGCUAAGGGUUUUAAGAUGGAUGUCUAA